UUACGAGUGCCAGGAGUGUUGCGGAGCUCCUAUUUUAAUACRGCCACAUUGUAGCCAACCAGAUUCUCUUUAGUAAUUUGGCUGUCCAAAGCAUUCUUCCUAUCCGGGAUGUUUUUGAGCAUAAUUUGGAUCUCUUGAUAUCCAUUUCAAGACAUCGCUUGGAUUUAUAUUAUUUAUAUUCUUAUUGUGUAAUCUCUGRAUUGAAAUGUCUGUCGUUUUCAUCAAGUCUAGGCCACUGGUCUAAUUUCCAAUUAAGAAAUUGCGCCGCAAAACGUUUCGACUUCAAAGUGAGACCGUGGAUGCGCGUUUCGUUGGAGACGUUCUGCAACAAUUUGUUGCAAACAUUCAGAGCAAAGUGAUGGAUGGAGUCGUUAUCACCUCGGUUUGCCAUGGCACCUUAAUCAUUUAGUUUUUUUUAUGUGAUUCAUCUGAGUCCUCUUUUCGUGUUAUUCAAUUAUGUUCACUUUCGCUGCCUUUUGCUAUAUGCUGUCACUGGUCCUCUGUGCUUCCCUGAUCUUCUUUGCGAUAUGGCAUAUAACAGCCUUUGAUGAACUGCAGGCAGACUUUAAGGUCCCCAUCGAUCAGGGCAAUCCACUCCAUGCGAGAGAGCGACUCCGGAACAUUGAGAGGAUUUGCUGCCUGCUGAGAAAGUUGGUGCUUCCAGAGUAUUCUAUCCAUGGGCUGUUCUGUAUCAUGUUCCUGUGUGCCCAGGAGUGGCUGACAGUAGGCCUCAACAUCCCUCUGUUCUUCUACAACACAUGGAGGUACUUCCACAGCCCCACAGACACUAAGGAGCUCCUCUAUGACCCAGCCUCGGUCAUGAACGGGGACACACUCAAGUUCUGCCAAAAAGAGGCCUGGUGCAAGAUGUCCUUCUUCGUCCUGUCCUUCUUCUACUAUCUCUACUGCGUGUACUGGACCGGACCUUCAUCUAGUAUAUGGUCUACUCCUUGGUAACCUCAUAACAGCAGAACUCUCAGUAUUUGAGCCAUCCUCCGGAUAUCAGAGACUGUUUUCUGGAAUUCAAACUAGCUAGCACAAAAACCAACUUUGCAGCAAAAAAUAGCACUUUGGGUCACAACUUUUCUGUUUCAUCAGAAGGACAGUCGGUGGGUCUGGUCUGGGGGGAAGAAUUUCAGCUCCAGUCUCCAUUGUCUCCUCAAUGUAUGUAAAGGGACAUUACUGUUUACAGUUCUCUAUAGGUCAAAAGUCCUUUAUGAGUCACAGUGACCACCAUAUCUACUGUUGUCCGUCACUGCCCGGCUAAUGUCUGUACUUACAGCCUGUCCUGUCCUGGAGAAGUACAGUAGCAUCCCCACUACUGUAGUAGGGUACACAGUAGUGUUUGCACAGUUUGUCUCAGGCACAGCACAUAGAAACACAGCACAGCACAGUCGUGUUUGUCAUCGGG